AACAUAUAUUAUAAAAGCACAAAUGACCCGAAACAAACCCAACUACCAAUGAAAAUACGAUUUUGUCACGUUAACACCCUGAUAAUUAGAACUGUCGUCUUCAAUUCUGGGAAUUUGAGGAACAAGCUAGUUCUGUUGUCUGAAAAAUUCAAAAUUCAAGUUGUUUUGCUAUGGCGCAAGACGUUUCCACCAAAAAUGUACAGCAGGAAGGAGGUGCCAAAGAAGUUUACAGACGUCUGCAAGAUAUUUUGAAGAGUGAAGACGAAAAUGAUAGCAAAGAUAUUGUGAAAAGAAUAGACAAGAAUGAUAAAAUGCCAAAAAACAAACUUGCAAAUGAACUACUUCGUGCCCUCGGGAAGAAGGAGGCUUUUGAAUUCUUCAAACUUCUAGAAGGUUACCAUCAUACGGUCAGGUCGGAAUACGAAAACUUCCAAAAUGACUGCAAGGAAGCCAACAAGAAAGAGCAGCAGAGGGAAGGGAGAUUUCACUGCGACUGUCGGAAUUGCUGCACAAAAAUGUUCGAUUUUUGUCGCAACAAGUGCAAAUGUAGUUGUUGUUCGAACUCCGAACCGCAAGGAUCAGAAAAAAAAAGCAUAAAUGAUGAAACAAAACUGAACUGGAUCAAAAUUCUUUCUAACCCUCUGUUCAUUGGUUUGGAAUGGCUAUGGAGAACAACUUCUAACUGUCCGUGUGAAUUUUGCGAGAAAGAUAGGAAGUUGGAUGGAAAAGAAAAGAAAAAGAAGGAGGAUGUCAUAGAAAGUUCUCUACAUGAUGCAUAUCUACUCGAUGAAACGUCGUCUCUCAAGCACUACAAUAGCCGAGAUGUUUACAGGGAAUCGGCGGAGGCUUACGAAACGUUUGCUGUUGGCGUGCUGGAGAAAGCCUCCCAGAAUGAACUUUACCAGAUCAUGGAUAUAAAAGGAGAGGGCCGCCUGCUGAAAAAUAAUUCUAAUCAACACAGAAGUUUUAUUCAAAGUCUGAGCCUUCUCAAGAGUGCAGUCAAUAAGGGAAGGAAGAAGUUUGUUUCAAGUCCAAGAUGUCAAGCUAUCCUCGAUGAGGUUAUCUUUUACGAGAUGCGGGAUUGGCAGGACAAGAGCAUGGCAAAGAAAUUUUUUCGAUGCCUUUGCCAGUUUUUCGUCGUCUUACUUGUUACUCCUUUGUUUUACGUUUUCAUUCGACCACCCAUGAAGAUAUGGCGCAGUCUGAGUGAUAUCGAAUGCCUUGCGUACGUAGAGAAGUUAUAUGAGUAUCCCUACAAUAAGUUUGCAAACCACACCAUGUUUUACAUUGUAUUCCUGUGCCUGCUUUUCGCCUCAACUUUCGGCUUUGAACACGAGUACAGAACAAGCACAACAGGGCUUUCAUCCAUUGAUUACGCUGUCCUUGUUUAUUUCAUCGGUUUCCUUCUACAAGAAAUUUGGGAAGUUUGUCAACAAGGAUUCUGCAUCUAUAUCUCGAAAUGGUGGAAUGUCGUGGACGCAAUGACACUUUUCACACUCCUGGCAGCUUAUACAGUAUGGCUCGUCACAUGGCUAAGCGUUUAUAAAGAAUGGCAACCGAGGAAGAAUGCCUUCAUUGUGGCAGAUGUCUUGUAUGCAAGCGCCACAGUGUUAGCGUUCUUUCACCUGGCUCACGCAUUUCAAGUCAGCUCAACUCUUGGCCCUUUGCAGCUUUCAUUGUACAGAAUGCUGAAAGAUGUGGCCAAGUUUCUUUUCAUUUUUCUGAUGCUUUUCAUUGCAUUUGCAACUGGCCUCAUAAAAAUUUAUUCAUACUAUGUGGUCUCUCAAGUGAAACUUCGUGAAGAGGGCGAGAGCAAAUUCCAGGACUUCCAUCCAUAUGCUGAGCACGAGAUCACUUUUAUUGGCUUGGUCUGGUUACUGGUUGGCUACGUGGAAGAAGACAAAAUAAGGGUUGAUGAUCCUGCCUUUUACCUUACACAACUGUUUGGUCGCUUGGGUUUCCUCAUCUACCUGGUUUGUACCGUUAUCGUUGCUUUGAACAUGCUGAUCGCCAUGAUGAAUAACUCCUUCGACAGAGUUAUGGGUGAUGAGGACAAAGAGUGGAAGUUUUCAAGGGCUCAAAUGUGGUUAGAAUAUAUCGACAAAGGAAAUGCAAUACCAGUACCUUUUAACCUUCUGUAUUAUAUCUUUUAUUUCUGCUUUUUCCUUAUAUACCUCGUUUACUGGAUGGUAAGGGCAGACUGCAGAUGCAAUUGUAAUAAGAAGCGAGAGGAGAGAAAAGGAACUGUUGAGAUGCAAGCCAGUCUUAAACCCACUGGAGUAGAAGUGAAUGUUGAAGAAGGCAAUCCACAACAGGUAGAGCAAAAUGUAGAGCAAGGAAGUAAAGAUCAGACUUCAGGCGAUAGUAUCGCCUGCUGUAUUUGUCAUGGAUGUUUUUGUUGUUGUAAACCCGAAACCGAAAACAAACGAGAAGAGACCUCGGGCUAUAGUUUCGCCUCCUGUAUUUGUCAUGGAUGUUCCUGUUAUUGGAAACCUGAAAUCGAAUACAACCGAGGAGAGGAACGCGGGAAAGCUAUAGCAUCAUCUGUUGAGAAGUAUCUGAAACAGAUGAUGACCCCUCAGCACGGAGGACUUUAAAGAAGUCACUUGUUGAUGAAAGAGAUGACCGAAAUCGAAAGAGGGUUGCGUAAACCCAUUUACAGGAACUGUAAGCCGUUUUGAUGAUGUGUAAGAUUUUUGUUUUUAUUGCAAGAAAAUUUAAGACCGGCCCACAAUUUAAAGUGCGGGUAGGAAACGGAAUUUAUCGUAGUUAGUUUAAUGUAAUUUUUGGGGGGAUCUAACGAACUCGUACUUUGUGUUAAGAAAGGACGAAUUCUUCAGAUUUCUGGUCUAUGUUUGCUAAUGUAUAUAUCCAUUAUAACCGCUUUGGCUGCUGUUUUCCCCAUAUUCACCCGUCUUUAUAUCAAUUGCUUCAUUUGUGCUGUCAUGCAGCGGUAAUGUAUGAUUAUUCUUUUU